CCUAUGAAAUUUAAUUAUUGAUUUAUGUAUCGAAACCCCCUUCACUCGAGUGAGGAUCGUGUUUCACUUGGCGUAGCACCACUCGUACAGAGUUAAUAAACGGUCAAAAUCAUAUUUAUUAAGGGUGUCGAAUCAUGGGUCACCUUGUCCAAACCUCAACAGGAGGAGCAGCAACGGCGUCAUAUGUUGUGUUGGGAUCCGCUGCCCUGCUUCUUGUUUUGGGGACCGUGGGAGUCCAGGCCACACCUCCACUUCAACUAGGCUCACUCAGCGGCCCUGGCGAGGACUUGGACUCCUUGAAGAACGAGCUUCUCAACACGGUCCGACUGCCACGGACCGUCAUCCCGUCUCACUAUGACCUUGAAAUCAGACCCAUCUUGACUCCCGGAGACCCCCUAAUUUUCACAGCUCCAGGCAAAGUUGUAAUUCGUGUAAGAUGUAUCGUGUCCACGCAAAACAUCACCCUGCACGCGUUCGACAUGGACAUUGAGCACGCAGGUGUCACCGUGACCUCCGUUCAACCACCCAUUGCCAACAUUCCCGUGACUGGACACUCCGACUCUGCAGAACUUCAGACCUACACCAUUGAGUUGGGUGCUGCUCUGGUGGUUGGGUCAGAGUACGAUGUCGAAAUAUCAUUCGUUGCCAAAGUGGGUGAUCGAAUGUCAGGGCUUUAUCGAAGUUGGUAUACGGGGACGGAUGGAAACCCAGUAUAUCAUGCAACCACUCAAUUCCAAAAGUUAGGGGCACGGAUGGCAUUUCCAUGCUUUGAUGAGCCAAAUUAUCGGGCGACCUUCAGCAUAAAUAUUGGGCGAUCCCUUGCCCACAACAGUCUGUGUAAUUCUCCGCUCGAGACAACCAUUCCAAUUCCCGAAAUGGAUGGCUGGGUCUGGGACGUGUAUGGUCCAACCGUGAACAUGCCGAGCUAUCUUAUUGCCAUUAUCGUUUCAGACUUUGUUUCUGUGGUGGCCCCAGAGGAGUUGUCCAAUUAUGAAGUGAAGACAUGGGGUCCCCCGACAAUGACGGAUCCAGCGUCCGGCGAGUUCUCUGCGAGAGCUGCAGCUCAAAUUGUGACCUUUUUCGAAGACUAUUAUGAUUCUCCAUACCAGUUCCCAAAGUUGGACUCAGUUGCCAUUCCAGUUUUUGAGGCUGGUGCAAUGGAAAACUGGGCUUUAAACACUUAUCGAACCAACCUCAUGUUGUGGUAUGAAGGGGAAUCAACUCAGUUCGAGCAGUGGCGUCAGGCAGCAGUUAUUGCCCAUGAAAUUUCUCAUCAUUGGUUUGGCGAUUUGGUAACGUGCGACUGGUGGAAUGACCUCUGGUUAAAUGAAGGGUUUGCUCGCUACAUGCAAUUUCUGGGAGCAAAUGUGGCCCUUCCCCAACACGAUAUUUUGAACCGGUACACCAUUGAUGUGAUCCAGUUGGCCAUGGACUUUGAUGCUGGACCAACUACGGAACCCGUACGAAGCAACGUCACAGAUCAAGUCAACAACCAGCCAUCACGCGUGAUCUACGAAAAGGCAGGUGCCCUCAUUCGAAUGAUGCAAGGAUUCCUCACAGAAGCCACCUUAAUUAAAGGACUUCAAACGUAUCUCGACACCUAUGAAUACAGCAACACGGUGCAAGACCAACUCUUUGAGCAGCUCCAAACUCAGGCAGUAGCUGACGGGACAGCGGCUGAAUUUUCGGUCAAGGAAAUCAUGGACACGUGGACGCUCAAAAGUGGUUUUCCUAUUGUCACCAUACGUCGUGCUGGAAAUAACGUGGUCUUCAUCUCACAAGAACCCUUUGUCCCACUAAAUCAAAAGCUGACGAUGCAAAAUCCUUCCGAGUUGUGGUACGUGCCAAUAUCAUACGCUAGCAAAGCACGCCCAGACUUCAGUAGCCCUGCAAACAUGCAACCCAAAUUUUGGGUGGAUAAGUACACCUUGGCCACCACAAAAAUAAUCGAGGAUUCCACGACGGAAUGGAUCGUCGUGAAUCCGGAUGCCAGAAGUUUCUUCAGGGUAGUUUAUGACGCCCAUUUUCUCUCGCUAAUCCUUGACCAGCUUACUGAGGACCACACUGUAAUCAGCGUCUCAAGCAGGAGUCAAAUUAUCGAUGACUAUUUCAAGAGUGCUUUUGCAGGCUACGUGCGGUUAGAAGACGCUCUCGAAUUUACCAAGUAUCUCAACAACGAGAUAGAAAAUACGGUGUGGACCACUGUCUUCAACAAUUUACGCCAAACCAACCGCUACCUCCAAGACCGUCCCCCUGCUGUAUAUAACAAGUGGAAGGCCUACCUCUUGUCCAAAAUCACCCUGGCGUUGGACACGAUCGAAUGGGAGCAGCAACCAACCGACACCCCGGUGCGAAUCAUCCUGAGAACGCAACUUCUCGAUUGGGCGUGUGCCCUUGGAGCACAGAAAUGUGAAGAAGUCGCCACAACCUAUGCCACCGAGUUGGCCACUGGAACCAGCAUUCCUGCCGAUAUUCAGCCCAUGAUUUAUUGCAAAGCUGUCAGCAUGGCGGACACACUGACCCUUCCUGGUGAUUUCGAUGUGAAAAGCCACGUUUUGGAGAAUUAUCGUGCCGCAACGAGGGCGGAGCGUCAUACAGUUUUUAUUAACUCUUUGGCCUGUAAUGCUCCCAAGGAAGAUGAAAUUCGAGGCUUAUUGGAUUCUGCGAUUGCAAGCCCCUCUGAUUUCACAACAGCUCAUUCCAUUCAAUUGAUGCAACGACUUGCUGACAACCCAGAAAAUCGGGGAACGAUUGUCACCUAUUUUCAAGCAAAUAUGAUACCCAUCAUUGCAGCGCUAAAUCAGACAGCAAUCAGUAGCGUCAUUACCACAAUGGCAUCUUACACGUCAGAAUCUUCCAUGGUCUCCCAAUUAGAUGGGCUCAUCACAGCUGCUUUAAAUUUUGUGGACCAGACGGGCGUCAUCAAUUCACUAAACGCAGCCAGGGCCACGCUAGCCACGAAUAUUGCCUGGAUAGACAACUACGCCACACAAAUCGAAACUUGGAUCGAUACAGUUUCCCCCUGAAAUUGUAAGCUGAAAAUGGCAGAAAUUGAAAUUUUCCAAUUUGAAUGACCCCUUGAAUAAAGUUGAUUAUUUAAAAAUUGA